GCAUGCUCGCCACAGAACCGCCGCAGACGUGGUGCAGUCCCAGUCCGGAAACCGUAAAGUUGUCGUUUUUCCGCAAUAGAGUUGCAAGACAUCUAUAUAUACAUACGUACAUAUAUUGAAGUUGAUGCCUCAACCCGAAACGGGCAACGUAAACGGCUUACCAAGCUAUCGAUCAGGCAGCCGCAGCCGCAGCCGCAGCAGCAGCAGCUGGUGUAUCAUUGUUGCAGUUGCCGCCGACGUUGGCACCACACCGCCCCACCGCUCAGCGCAAUACAUUGACGUGACGUAAAUGAAUGAGCCCGGCGAUCAACCAUUGACACUCAGUAGCACGCCGGACAAUAGGCCGCCCUGCAGCAUUAUCUCCAUAAUACCAAACAUAGGGAUGUCAUCAUGCCGUGGUCGGGCCGAGGCAUUCGCGCGCAGUUUGUCCUCAAAGCUGCGCACCUUGGGAUCACAGACGAACGAGGAGGGCGUCGCCAAUGCAGAGGAUGAGCCCAUUAUAAAUGGCAGCAAUACGAAUACCUGGGUCAGUGCGCACGAAUCGGAACAGACUGUCACCGAUCUGCAGCCACUGCGCCAAGAGUCGGACUCGUUCUUCGACUUUGACUGCGAGCUGGAAUCGCCAGGCAGCCCAGCGGAUGAGUGCGAGUACCUGCGUCUCAUAGAAACCGCCUCGAAUACACCACACAACUCAACCGCCGAGUCGGGCUAUGCGUGCGCCUCGGCGGCCAGCAGUCACAGCAGCACAGAUGGGCCCUACUUCGAUGCCGCCACCGCCACCGGCGCCAGCACCAGCAGCAGCAGCAACACCGGCACCGGGCCACAGGAGCUGCAGCCGACACAGACAGAGCGCGGCAAAGUGCCCGGCAGUGGAGCGGAGCAGCACAAUGAGUAUGUGAACACAUUGCAGUUGAAUGGAGCGCAUGAGACAUGGACAAAUGGAAGUCAGCAACAGCAGAAGGAGGGAGAGCAGCAGCAGCAGCAGCAGCAACAGCAAAAGGAACAGGUGAACAAAGAGCAGGAGCAGGAGAAGGCACAGUCACAGGCAAGAGAAUCUGAAGAUGAGACGCAGCUGCAGGCGCAAAUCCUGAGCGAGCUGCAGCUGCACAGCGACAGCAUCAAGAGUCCGGACAAUGGCUUCAGUGAGGAGCAAGUGGAAGAGCCGACGCUGGUCAAUGGCUAUGUGGAGGCGCCAGAGGAGCAAAGAGUAGAGCAAGAGCAGAAACCUCCAGCAAGCAAAGUGGGGGAGGAACAGAAAACACCCGACAGCGGCACAGAUGAGGUGGACAAAUGCAGCGAGAGCGGCAGCAGCAAUCUGACUGUGAACGUGGAGCAGGCGCAGCAGGAGGCCGAGAAGGCCGAGGCGGAGAAGUCGAGCCACAGCCAUGGCCAUGGCAUCGACACCACAGACGACGAGGACGACUGCCGGCCGCAGCGUGUGCGACGCUGCUCCUCGCUGAAGACGGGCAAGACGCCGCCGGGCACGCCGGGCCGCAAGAAGAUCGUGCGCUUCGCCGAUGUGCUCGGCCUGGAUCUGGCGGACGUGAAAACGUUCAUGGACGAGAUACCCACAAUACCAAAGUCAGCGUUCGAGGAUUUGGAAAUACUGGACAUUGAGCCGCCGCUGCAGCUGGGGCCCAAGUCCGACAAGAUAUUGAUGCCGCUGUUCCAGCAGCCGGGCGGCCUGCCCACAUUCCUCGAUGCGGUGCGCGAGAAGCAGGUGUCGCUGGAGAAUGCCGCUGUCACCGACAACAUCAAUCAGACAAUCGCCGGCACGGUGCGGGUGCGCAACCUGGACUUUCACAAGUCCGUGCACAUACGCUACUCGCUGGACGGCUGGCGCAGCUUCGCCGAUCUGCAGGCCAACUACGUGGAGAACUCCUGCGACGGCUUCUCCGAUAAGUUUACGUUUGUGCUGUUCGGGAACUCGCUGCAUGUGGGGCAACGGCUGGAGUUCGCCGUGCGCUUUCAGUGCAAGGGCCAACAGUUUUGGGAUAAUAAUUAUGGCGCCAACUACUGCUUCCAGUGCUUGCCCAGCUCGACGCACACGGCAUCGCCGGCGUCUGUGGCGAAUGGCGCCGUGCCGCCGCUUCAUGGCAGCAAUUUGGUCGGCCUGCUAAGCCCCACGGUGGGCGAUGCCUGGUGCAGUUCGUUCUACUAAGCUAAA